UUCAAGUGGCAGUUUCACAGUCGUUGCCGCGGUGAUCCUGCAGUCCGCAGCUUCUGUGUCUAAGCUAGUGCCAUUAGGAGCGCAGCAAGGGCAGGAUGGACUCGAGACGCUGAGACAACGACAAUAUGCUGCUUCCUGUCUCUCUUCUGCUUCUUUUUUCCUAUUCCAACGCCGAGCCACUAUGGGGAGAUCACGUCUGCGCGAAAAAAGAGACAUACUUCGUUCCUGUGACUGUGUCAUACACGAAACCUUACAAGGUCAGGGAGAAUUACUGGUGUGCAAAAAUACCACCGCGAUGCACCAGAGAGAAAGUGGAGAUGAAAACAGAGUAUCAAGUUGAAAAUGUUCCAAAAGUCCGCGUAGUCAAUGAAUGCUGCAAAGGUUACGUUCAAGAGCAAAACACCUGUGUCGCUUUCUGCUCGAAAGGCUGCCAGGAGGGCACCUGUAUUGCACCUGAUGUGUGCCAAUGCCAUCCCGAAUUCUACGGCCCCACCUGUGAGAAAGUUUACAAGUUGGUUCCAAUUAGCUCAUCUACGACUCUAUCAGUGGAGCAAGAGACGACGCCAACACCGUCUACACCAUCCUCCACUACAACAACUGCAAUUCCUCAAACUACUGAAUCUGUAGCAACUGCUUGGACAGUAAGCACAACUAGCACUUCUACUACCACCACAGAAGCGAUCGUUUUUUUGAGCACGACAACAUCUACACCUGAAAUAGCGUCGACUUCUCCAAAAUCCUACACGCCUCUUUCCACAAAGCCGACCCUAGUCGAAACUUCGUCUAAAACUAAGGAUUUUGUGGAUUUCUCGGACACAUCGUUUGAAUUCGAUGGCCAGUCGUCCAACACCAAUGAAAGAACUGAAAACUCUUCUGAUUUUCCUGCUCCAUCUCCUUCACUGUCUACUUUGGAACCUUCUUCAACGGAAUCAACCCCUUUCUACCACGGAUUCGACCCCCGGCACCCUUUCUACACGCCCAACAAUGGCGAGGCGCCGGCAAAUUCGUCCACUCCUGCUUUGGGAGCGAAAGGGUUCACUUCGGUGAUUGUGGUGAACAACCACUCGAUCCACACGAUCGCAACGCACAGCCCAGAAUUACACUCAAGUGCCGUUCACAAAUUUUACGACGAUCACUUGAUUCUCGUCGUGGUGAUCGGGGCCGCGCUUUCUCUCAUUCUGGGCACCGUCCUCGUCGUCCUCGUCUGCCAGCAAGUUGCGAAAAACGGCAAGAAUAAAGAGCAGAUGAAUAGUCAGGCGGACAGAGGCACACUCAGGCAUCUGCCGCCACUUCCUACAGCAAUAUCAUUGGAAAUGCCAACAGGCCCAGCAAUACAUUUCUCAGCCUGCUGCGAGACGAUCGAUCUCCAGCCUGCUGCCAUUUAUUCGAUGGGAACAUUUAAGCCUGCUGCCCGUCAACCAACAAUUUCGCAAGAAUUACGAGAGGCACUAGAAGCUACCUACGACCACCCACCCUCUCAGAGUAGGUCGUGUCGCAGCUCAGAGGGUCAGAGAUCGUUGGCUGAAAUGUGGGAGGCAGUAAUGAGUGCCAGCAAAGAGAAAGAAGUAGUGCAACAACCUGCUCAAGUGGAGGAAGAGCACCUCUACCAGGAAAUUCCUUGCUAUCACCCACAACGACUCACGCCCCAUGACUCAAGGUGCUGACGAGACAGAGUUUGAUUUUUUUUAAAUACCUCUCUUGAUCUUAGAAAAACAUGUGUAUAUAAAUAUGUUAUUACUAAUGUAAGACUGCUCAUUUAAAUAUUAAAAUAAGAUAGUGUAAAAAUUUAUCAUUAAAAGGUCAUGCUAGCUUUCAUUUUAA